AUGCAAUCAUUAAUUGAUGAAGCUAUUACAUUAGCUUUUGUUAUAUAUGGUAUUCCUUUUUGUAUUAUCAACAAUCCUUUUUUUAUAAGUGCUUUAAAGUUUCUAAAUCCUGGUUAUAGUAUUCCAUUAUGUGAGGUUCUUUUAGGAUGCUUAUUAGAUUUAGAAGUUGCAAAAGUUAUUUACAAAGUUGAUAAAAUUUUAGAAUAUAUAAGCAAUCUUACUAUUGGUCUGGAUAAAGAAAUUCAAAAAAAUCACUCUAAAAUUAUUAGUUCUGUUGUUUUAACAAUACUUUGUGGUCAAAGCUUUUUUACUGAUAUGCAAUAUCUUUCAGAUGUUUUACUUCCAAUUAAAGAAGCAAUUUUGGCAGUUGAAGCAAAUCAUUCUACACUUGCUGACUGUUAUAUUAAUUUAGUAAAAAUUACUGUAGCAAUUCAAAAUCUUUCUACUAAUGAAUAUAAAAGAUUUUAUAAUAAAUAUAUUGGAUUAAAGUUUGGUACAUUUCCUCUUAUUGCAAAUUAUGCUGAAAAAUUAUUGCAAAAAAUGGGUAAAUCAAAAGAAAAUAUAACCUCUGAAAUAAUAUCAAACAUUGCCGAAACUGUUUUUAAAAAAUUUGAAGAAGAAACAUUAACCAAUAAUAAUGAAAUUGAAAUGCUUAAUUCUGCUAAAGACCUUUAUCCAAAUAAACAAGAUUUAGAUUUAGUAUUUUAA